AGAUGUGACGUAAACUAACAUAGGAGCAGUCAGUCAAGUGCUGUUUGUUUGUUUGUUGCCGUUUUAGCGUUCAAUUUCAAAUCAUUUUUCAGCUUUGUGUGUUUGGAUAUUGCUACCAUAUCUUCUGUAUUCUAAGGAUUUUAUGGCUGAGGCUAAUCUUUCCACUGGAUUGAAAUGAACAUUCCACACAAGGCAGCUUCCGGGGGCAGACGACACGAUGAGAGCUUGGAUUUGAUUUUUCUCAGCUGUCUGCCACAAUGAAGACAGGAGUUUAAAGUGUUAUUAUCAGCAUCCUAUCAUUUGAAUACCUUCGCUGACAACGAUUUAUCUUUAUCGAGCGUUUCUACUAAGCCUUCCUACACUCAUACCGUCUUGCAAUUGUAAACAAACAGGUUUGCAAAGUCAUUCUGUCAUUCACAGUUGAUUCGGAUCUACAGGUUGUUUAUGAAGAAGGAUUGGAUGUAUUUCUCGUAUAAGUCAUCAACUUCGAGAUUUUAAUACAGGGUAUGUAAAAAACAUCGAAAAAAGGAGAAAAUCAGAUGGCAAUGAACAUGGAGUAGAUGUUGCUGAGUGAUUAGCACAGAAGAGGAUAUACACUUUUACAUCAUGUCAAGCAACGUAGUGGAUUUAGGAGACGAGACCAGUGGUGCAUUUGGUGAUGCCGCUGGUGUUGAUCCUGAGUUGUUCAUGAACACAGAUGAACCGGAGUUAGAGUUUGAUGUCGAUGGCACUGAGCUUUCUUCCACAAAAGAAGCCGAGCUCGAUGCAGAGUUAGAUGAAGGUUUUCCAGAGAACGACAUUCAUGUGCCUCAGCUAGACUGGAAUAUUGAAUUGGCAAAGGAGGCAGAAGGUGGAGCAUUCAGGAGCGGGGCGAUCACACCUGAUGGCAUCAUUGAGGAGGAUUUCGAGAAGGUGCUGGGUACACCCCAGGAGGAGGAGGCCCAGAGCGAGUUCAGUGAUGUGGAGAAGUAUGGGAUCAUCGAAGUAGCAGGGGACGAUUUGUGGGGAAGAAAGGUCAUUGUGUUUUCUUCAUGUAAACUACCUUCCAACAAAACCUUUGAUCACCAGAGACUCUUACAAUACAAGAAAAAUCUAAAGGCUUUAUAUUUGGUGCAUCCAACAAACUUCAUCAAGAUCCUAUGGAACAUCUUCAAGCCAUUCAUAAGUGCUAAGUUUGGCAGGAAGAUGAUGUAUGUGGACUACCUGAUGGAGUUGAAGAACCACCUCCACUUUGACCAGCUGUCUGUGCCCCCUCCGGUUCUAGAGUGA